UUUAUUUUUUUAUUUCAGUAUUUGUUUUUUAUAAAAAUUUUAACCCUAAUUCCAAAAACCCACCCCCUUAACUCUAAACCCUAAGGUUUGGAUUAAUUAACCCAAGAGGUAUAAGUGUAUAUUUACCUCUUUAAUGAAACAUAUUUUUGUGACUUUGAGCCUUGAGUGCUACUUUGGGAACAAAAACUUGGUUUGGUGCUAUCCUAGUCUUUUUCUCAAAAGAUAUUUGGUUCGCUGUCCUAAUUAGAUUUAAAAACAUUUAGGUUUAGUUACUGUCAUGUGACUGUGUUCUAGUUUGUUUAUGCUUUCUAUUUGUACAAAUGUAGGGUUUAAUUUUGUAGGGUUUAACUGAUGACCAAUGAAUGAAAAUGAAUAAUACAUUUUUUGUUAUUCCUUUUUUAUUUUACCGUUUAUAAGAAAUGGUUUUUUUCUUUUUAUUCAUUUUCAUUCUUUUUAUUCUAGAAGAAUAUAAAGCAAAUUUUUUCUUCCCUAAAAUUGAUGAGGAAUAAUUUUCCUUUUCAUUCCUAUAAUUUUAUUUCUCUGUAUUUUUUCCAUACUUAUUCCUAAUGUCUCUCUAAUGGUCACCAGUUAGACCCGUAUAAUGUCUUGUAGUCUGAUAUGUGUUUCAACAAGGAUGUAAACACUAAAAAUAUACUAUAUAUCUAUAUUAAUAUUAUUUAAAUUUAGUUACAUACCAUACAAAAUAGACAAAAUAAUUGUUUAAGUUUAUUUACCACAAAUUGAUUGGAAAUAAAUAAAAGUGAUUUCUUUAAUUUACGUAUUUGUGUCAAUUUAAUUAUAUGUGUAGCAGUUAAUAGUUUUGCAAUUAUUCAAUAUAUAAUUAUGAAUAUGUUUCAUAUUAUUUAAAAACGCUAAGCAUAUAAUAAUACGUAAAAAUAAUUUGUAUAUAAAAUUCAUUCCGCACAUGAAGCGAAUCUUAAACUAGUGUUUGAUAAAAAAGGUGGAUUUAAUAAUAGUAAAAACCUAUUUAAUUGUUGUCAAGAAAAAGACUUGUUUAAUUUACUAAUCAAACGUACCAUUAUAAAUCUCAAUUAAAAGACACAAAUGCAAAAGCAGAUGUUUCAUUUGAGUAUUUCACAAAGAAGUUUUAUUUUGAAUCUGAACUCUGAAUAGUUAAUCUCCACGCAAAUGGUGCUCCAACAACAACAACAAACACUUUCUCUCACAAAAAAAGACAUAUCAAGAACUUCUCGUGAUUUCAUCUUCCGGUCCAAACUUCCUGAUAUCUCCAUCCCACAUGUCUCAUAGACGGUGUCACCGGACACAUCUUUACCUAUGCCGACGUACAAAUCACUUUAAGGAGGAUCGCUGCAGGACUCCACCGGCUCGGGAUCCGCCACGGUGACGCUGUGAUGCUCCUUUUCUUGUUGACAAAAGGAAAAAGCCUCCGCCGCUAAGAUGAUCAUCACGAAGCCAUGCUACGUCGACAAACUGAAAAGCCUCCAAAACGUUUUGAUCGUCUGCGUAGACGACGACGUUCCGUUAGCUAACGGUUGCGUGAGUUUCACGGAACUGACCCAAGCGGACGAUAUAGAGCUUUCUAGACCGGAGAUCUCGCCGGAGUACACGUUGUCGAUGCCCUACUCUUCCGGGACCACGAUGCUUCCGAAGGGUGUCAUGAUGAUCACUCACAAGGGAUUAGUUACCAGCAUUGCUCAGAAAGUAGACGGAGAAAACCCUAACGUCAACUUCACCGGAGAUGACGUCAUCCUCUGUUUUCUCCCAAUGAUUCACAUUUACGCGCUCGACGCGUUGAUGCCCUCGGCGAUGAGGACCGGUGCGGCGAUUUUGAUCGUGCCGAGGUUCGAGUUGAAUCUAGUGAUGGAGCUGAUUCAGAGGUACAAAAGUCACCGUAGUACCGGUGGCUCCUCCGGUGGUUCUAACGUUCGUUAAGUCCCCGGAGACGGAGAAGUACGACCUGAUCUCCGUGAGGAUGAUGCUUUCAGGUGCAGCUACGCUCAAGAAGACGCCGUGCGUCUCAAGUUUCCCAAUGCCAUAUUUGGUCAGGUCUAUCAAUACCUAAUUCGCUUGACGUGUCAAGGAUUACUUUCUACGAGAGGAUUUCUCGUAUUUCAAUCGUUUCCCCUGAGUAGGGUGUGGUGUGUUGCUAAAUAAACCGCAAUAAGUGGUUGUAAGCUGAAAGAACGGAAGAGGGGAGAAAGCGCAAGAGUGGGCCGUCGACAAAAGGCGGACGAGGACGAGAUUAUCCCAAUCCCCGAGUUUGAUUUCACAAAUCUGAUAGAGAAGCACAAAUUCACGCUGGUGGGUAGUAUGUUUCAUAUCGAUGGAAGAAGUGUUGAUGCUCUGAUUAACCAUAUGCCAAAAAUACAUAUUUGGGAUCAGCACCUGCUCUAGGGGUGUGCAAGGAGUGCACAUCCACAGGGUCCCACAUUUUUGGUCAAUAUUUAUUUAUUUUUUAGGGUUCUAAAUUUUUAGUUUUUAUAUUUUGGUCAACAUUUAUUUACUUUCUAAGGCCCUAAAUUUUUAGUCUUUACAUUUUGGUCAACAUUUAUUUACUCUUUAGAAUCUUAAAUUUUUAGUCUUUACAAAUUAAGUCAAUACUUUUUUUAUUCUUAUGGCACUAAAUUUUUAGCUUUUACAUGGAUUUAACUUUCAAAUUCAUGUUCACUAAUUUAGAAAAAAAAUGGCACAGGGUCCAACAAAUUUUUGGGCCGGCCCUGUUUGGGAUGAAGUAGGAAAAGUUAGAGGAGUAAACUUGGGGAACAAUAAGUUUCAAUUUGAUUUUGUCUCAGAAGAUAAACUACAGAAAGUUCUUCAGCGACCACCAUGUCACUUUAACAAAUGGAGCUUCUCCUUGGAACGCUGGACCCCGACAAUCCGAGAGAAUUUCCCAAAUACCAUGUUGUUCUGGAGAGAUGUCUCUGGAGUACCAAAUCACUAUAAGAAGGACGAAACGUAUCACAAUAUUAGAAAAGCUUUGGGACAAGUGGAUGUUGUGGAUGUAGAUGGUGGGAGAGUUCGAGUCUAUGUUAAUGCGGAUGAACCUUUGCAAUUCACGAGAAGAGCUGGCUUCGCGAAUGGAGAUGUCACAAGAGUCACAUUAAAAUAUGAGGAUUUGCACGGAUACUGCUUCACGUCCAAGAGAAUCUCCCAUAAGGAAGGAACUUGUCAUGAGCUUUCAGAAGGACAGAGGGAGAAAAACAGGUUAGAUAGAAUUGAACAAAAAGAGAAGGAGGAAAGAGCAAUGAGGGAAGCCUUCUCUCUUACAACUCGACAUGCACCAGAAAGAGCGCGGUCUCCGGGUUUUUCAUUACAUGGUUCUCAUCUUCCACUACUUGAAAGGUAUAUCUAUAAAUCGUAUUUAUUCAUUGGGUAACCUCUUUGUUGUUUCAAUUUCUUACUUUAUUUUGAAGCUUUUCAAGGUUUUAAAGUCAUUUGAAUGUUUUAGAUAUGCAUAUUUUUCAGAUAUGAGACACACUUGGGAGACUAAAGUCUUCUAACAUUUAAUGCACUAGAAGACUUCCUGAAAGUUUACUGGUGGAGUUUUCUCAUUUGUCCCUCUUUCAUAACAGAUCUGAGUAUUUUGGUAAGUCUCCAUAUCUGAUUUUUCUUUAUUUUAUAAACUUUUGUUGCCUAAAACUCUUACAUUUUGAACUCUUUUUGUUGCUUAAAGCUUUUACCUUAUCUUGAAGCUUUUCUAUGUUUUAAAUUCAUUUGAAUGUUUUUGAAUAUGCAUAUUUUUCAGAUAUGAGCCAAGCUUUGGAAGACUCUGACGAAGUCUUCUCUCAUGUCUACUUAUUCAUAAUGGAUCUAAGUGUUUUGGUAAGUUUCUAUGUAUGAUUCUUGUUUCACUCGAUAACCUCUGGUUGCUUAAUUCUCUUACUUUUAUCUCAACCUAAAACUCUCCAACCUCUCUCAAAUCUCUUAGAACUUGAAAACACCAAACUUAUAUCAAUUUAUCAUUUUUUUGUCUCAAUGUGUUUCUCAAUAAUUCAACUUUUUUACAUAUUUUUUAUUACAUGAUUCUCAUCUUCUACUCCUUUAAAGGUAGAUCUAAUUUUUUUGGAUAUGUAUUUUUGUAUGUUCUUUAAAGGUAGAUCUAUCUCAUUUUUCACUUAUUUUCUAUGUUUUAAAGCCAUUUGAACAUUUUUAGAUUUGGUGGUUUUUAACAUUUAAUGAGCUGGAAAACUUCCUGGAAGUCUUAUGACGGAGUCUUUUCUCAUGAUAAGUGGAGUCCACACUUGUCUUUGUGGAGGAAUGAUUUAUAAUAGUUUUUUUUAUGGUAUGUUUGGUGGUUUAUAGGUGUACUCUUUUAGUUGUGAAUUCUUUUGUAAAUUUGAAGAGAUAUUAAUGAUUUUUUUUUUGGUAAAUAUGUUCAUGUUUCCAAAAGAUCAAACAUUACACAAGUUCAAACAUUACAUCCCAGAAGACUUCUCAAGAAAACUUAGUCAAAUUCACAAAAGAUCAAAUAUUACAUAAGUUCAAACUUAUAACAGUUUCACUAGAAGUCUCGGAAAACUUAAAUUUAAAGCGGAAAAUUUAAAGCAGAGAAUUAAAAUUUAAGCGGAAAACUCAAAAUUUAAGUGAAAAUUAAAAUUUCAAAUUUCAAGUAAGUUAAAAAGUAUAUCUUAUUAUCUAAGAAAACACAUUAAA